GUUUCCAAUAUCUUCACCUUUGUUAUUUUGAACAUCCCAAUAUAGUAGCAACGUUAUUCGCAAUAUCUUCCCCCCCAACUGCCCUCGGAGCUCGGGGCAGCUCUAUAUCAAAUACAACUUGCCAAUAUGAGUUUGUAAGUCAGUUGUGCGGGAUAUUGACGACAUAGCCUGCGGCUCUCUUGUUUCGUGCAGAAGAGCUGACUUGCCUCAUUUCUUUACAGAUGCAUAGAAUACAAUGGUACCUCUUGCUUCUAUAGAAAGUGACCGUGAACCUUUGAUAAUAAGUCUUUGGUGCCUCGUGGAACGUGAAACCACUUACGAUCAAUGUCUAAUAGCUUUCUCAUUUGAGAAGUCCCAUCAUGUCGGAAAGAACACCACUUGUCCCUAAAAUCAGCCAGAAAUCGUCUGGCUUCCUAUCUAAUUUAGACUAUGUCCUUAUUCUCCCUGCUCUCCUAUCCAACAACUUUUUCGCAGCCUUCGAAAGUACUAUCGCAGCUUCGACGCAAGGAGCUGUAGGAACAGAAUUCAACUCUUCUGAUCAUGUUGCAUGGGUGGCUAUAUCUUACCUAACUGUAUCGACCGCAGUUCAGCCUCUUUACGGGCGUGCCUCUGAUCUCUUUGGGAGGACUAGAUUAUAUGUCUUGUCUCUAGCAGUGUUCGCCCUAGGCUGUCUUGGGUGCGGAUUAAGUAAUAACUUGGGUCAGAUGAUAGCUGCCAGGGCUAUCUGUGGUAUAGGAGGCGGAGGCUUGAUUACCGUCUCUCAAGUUUGUGCUUGGGAUGUUCUUCCCAUGCGUUUGCGGCCUCUGUACCAAGCUGCCAACAAUGUCACGUACGGUCUUGGUGCUGCUUUAGGAGCUUCUUUAGGAGGUAUCUUAUCAGAUUCCAUUGGUUGGCGUUUUGCCUACUUCUUUCCGGUACCUUUAACUAUCUUCUCUAUAGUGGUGUUUCUUUGCAGAGCGAGCCCAAAGCUACUUGAGAUUCAAGCAGGCAAAACCAAUAGUUUUCAGAAAAAAGAUAUUGAUUCAUUGGGCAGUGUGCUUUUGAUGACUUCCAUCACACUUUUCAUGCUUGUUAUCAAUCUUGGAGGCAGCACCAUACCCUGGUCCAGUUCGGCUAAUCCCAUUCUUCUCGUCUUUUCAGUCAUUACCACGUUAGCCUUUUUUCAGCAUGAGAAGAGAGUUAAACUGCCUGUCUUACCAAUCAAUCUCUUGACUAACCGACGAAUGGUACCUCAAGUGGGAUUAAACUUGUUCGGGGCAAUGACCAUCUUUGGCACACUUUAUCUCAUACCUGUCUUUUUUCAAACGACACUCCUGACCUCCGCCAGUGUCGCAUCUCGCCGUCUUCUGUAUCCCACACUUACCGCCCCAAUCGCUUCUAUUGUGACCGGGAUAUUCCUUCAUUGUCAUCGUCGGGCAACGGCUAGGAGCUAUUAGUCUCGCCGCGGGGGCACUCAUGAUGUUUGCGUUGACUUUCUCAAACAAUGAGUCAAAGGGCGAGUGGUACUUUAUUGCGAGACUAAUCUGGGUUCAUGCGGGAAUGGGAGUGAUGUUUAUAUCGAGUCUAAUCGACAUUCUUAGCACGUCAGGCACUGACCAUGCGGCUGCCACGUCGCUUAUUUUCCUCCUACGGUCCAUAGGUACCGUGCUGGGCAUAUCCGUAUCUCAAGCUAUCCUCCAAAAUAUACUCUCGUAUCAGCUUGUCACUCACUUCACCAGCCCUGGCUCCGAGACAAUCAUCCGCGGCAUUCGGGAGUCGGUUGAUUAUCUUGCCCAGCUAGAUCCGUCUCGAAGACAAGUAGCAGUUAAUUGCUAUGUGUUGGCGUUCCGCGCGGCGUUUGGGGGUUUAGUAGGAGCAGCUGGGUGUGUGUUGAUUGCUAUUGUGUUAGGGAUAAGGACUAGGGAGGAUACGCGAGUAGUGGAAGUCGCUGAUGAGGAGAGGUGUAACCCGCCUCUUUCGGAAGGGGUACCGGUACUGGACUGAGCGAAUCAGAUCGAGUGGUGUUGCUCCUAAAGUUAGGGGAGAUGUAUUCUAUCAAUGAUGGACUCCUUACUAAAUACCAAAGUAACCGGCUAUUAGAAGUCAUCUCAGAAUUACUGGAAAGAAAUACUGCGGUACAAAUUCUGGCACAUAACGAAAAGAGAAAGGCAAGGCAACCGAUGAUCAUUUACGUGGAUGCACUGGGACGGGGAGAGUGCAAGUUACUUGUUCUAAUUCACCCACAGAAAAUACCUGCCAGUUUACGAGUCUCCGCCUAUGAACACUUCAAUAACGUUUUCCCGACUG